AUGUCCCUUCGUAUCGCCUUUUUCGGGUCUGACGCCUUCUCUGUGGCCUCACUUGCUCGCCUUCUUCGGCUUCAUCACGAAAAUCCUUCCCUCAUCUCGUCUAUCGAUGUGGUGACGCGAAGAAUCAAACCGACUGGUCGCAAAUUGACCACCUUUGUUGACUUGCCAGCAGGCGACUUUGCUACCCGUCAUGGACUUCCUCUAUGGCGUGCUGAUUCAGCGGAAGAAAUUCUAGAUAUAGCUCCCCGUGGACCGAAUCAUAUGGCUGUCGCUGUAUCGUACGGGAAACUUAUACCGGCUGAGUAUCUCUCUCAAAUGGGGCAUGGCGGUCUAAAUGUCCACCCCUCGCUCCUCCCAAUGUAUUCAGGGUCUGCGCCGCUCCAGCAUGCGCUCAUGGAUGAUGUGUCCGAGACUGGGGUUUCCGUUCAAACUUUACAUCCCACUAAGUUUGACAAAGGUGCUAUUCUCGCGCAGACCUCUCCCAUCCCUAUCCUUGAAGAUGACAACUACCACAGCUUGCAAGCACGAUUGUCUGAAGUUGGCGCAGAUCUUUUGGCACAUGUGCUAGAAAAAAAAUUGUACGUUCCUCCUCUAUCUCCUAUCAAGUCGCCAUAUGCGUACUCGCUUGCUAAGAAGAUCUUGCCUGAAACCUCUCAGAUCGACUGGCGAGCUUCCAGUCGGACAAUUAAGCGGCUAUCGGACGCCCUUGGGCCGUUACAUACUUUCAAGAUGGUUGACAUUAUUAAGAAAAAGAAACGCGUACAUCAACACUAUAAGGUGAUCUUAGACGAUAUACGGGAACAUGAAACCACGUCGAUAUUGGAAAAGGCUCUACCAGGCGAGUUUGCCUUCCUGGGAAACCGCAUACUCGUUAAAACUGGCGACGGCAUUGUCUCUGUGGGUUCUCUCAAAUUCCAGUACUGUGCGGAAGAGAACCCCGAAACCUUCAUGGCACGCCUAGGAAAAAGGGCAGGCGAGACCCCAAGAGUCUUUGAGAGUCUUCCCAGGCCAUAG